AUGGCAGCGACCUCAUCCGGUGCGCUGCGCGCGCUCAGCAGGGAGGAACGGUAUGCUGGUGGAGUAUCAGAUCUCAUGAACUGCUUAGAUGAGCAGCUGCGUCCCGAGCCUCGCCUCUGCUGGGACUUCGAGACCUUGCAAGCUCACCUGCAGCAGCAGCGCCGGCGCCAGGCGGAGCGUGUCCUGGCCCGGCGCUUGGAGUCCUUACGGGCCGUUUCCCAGGCCCAAGCAUCUUUGGGGCGCUUUUUGGACCGACGCACCAGCAGCGUCCAGGAGGCCUCCUGUGCUGCCUCCGAUGCGCAAGGCCGGCUGAACCGCUUGCAGGAGCAGAGCCAAACCGUCCGGGUCUCAGCGCUGAAACGAGCGCAAGCCUCCCUGGCCGAUGCUGAGCAGCGCGCCUUGCAGGAGGCACGCGCACGGCAUCUACUGCUGGACCAGCGAGAGCAGGAGCUGGCGACGCUUCUGAAGCUCAGUGGGUCUCUGAGGUCCAAGUCCAAGGCGACGGCUGAGAACCUCACAAGGAUGCGCGAGACGCUGGAGGCAGCGCAAAGACAAGCCUCCGAUGUCUUGGAAGAGAAGAGUUAUAUGGAGGAGCGACGUGUGCAGAUCGAAGCACGCGAGGCCUCCUUGCCUGUCAUGGAACGAGCUUGGAAGGAGGUGGUGGCCCAAGUUGGCCGGGAUCCUAAGAAACGCCCUGCUUUGCUGGCAAUGGCCAUCGAACACAUCAGCAAUGAGCUCCUCAAGGACCAGCGCUACAUCAGCUGCUUUACUGCCUUGGAGCAAAAAGUCUCCUCCGACGAUCGCCGGGGCGAAAACCCACCGCUUCGGCGCGUGGUGCGAGAAGCGGCCAGCGAGCGCCGUCGCACGCCGCGCAGAAGCACGCCGUGCCAGGAGGUCCCAGCACCAGUCUCGGCUGCAUCAGAAACGUUGGAGGAUGAUUUGGAGGUUGAGUUGGAGGUUGAGGUAGAUUCUCCGGCGGAUGUGGACGGCGACGGAGAGGUCAUUUGGACUCCACGUGAGUCGGUCACCGCGGUGCCCGGUUCGGUGGUCGGUUCCGCGGCUCUGGAGCGGAUGGGAGCUUCGAAGACUCAAGAGGAAGAUCAGGCCACUUCGACUGAGCCUGAGAUGAAGAAAGUGGUCACCAGGUCAAUCACGGCACCGCCACGGAGGCUGCACCGCUGGCCGCCAUCAAGCGCAAGUGGGCGAGUGUUGGUGCAGACGAUCCCAUCUGCGCGCCUCGAAGCGAGCCCUGUGCGCCAGGCCGUGCGGCAAUGCUCUCAACCCUCGACCUUGCUGGGCAGCAACACCUCCCAACCCUCGGAGGCCCUGAGGUUCGUCUCGGCCGCCUCUCCGCCCGCGGCGCCGCGCUCGCUGGAGCCGCCCUCCACGCCACAGAUGCCUCCAAGACCUCAGUUUCCCUAUUCGCCACAAGCACUGCAGCCUGUCAUGAUGCCUGCCGCUGGACACGCCGGACACGCCGGACACACCGGACACGCUGUGCAGCUGCCGUCGCCCGCAGUGGCGCCCGCAGCGCCCGCGUCCUACAGCGUCCCACGGUUUCCAGCGCCAACGGUGAUGAGCCCCGCACAGAGGACGGUGGUGUGGACGGUACAGCGGUGA